AUGACGAGGCUACUCCUGUGCUUCUGCGUCUGUUUCGUCGUCCUAGUCGUCGCAGGCUCCUCCCCGGCGGAUCUCCUGUCCGGUCGCUGCCCGCUGCACCACCGUAGGCAGCUCGAGGACGUCGACAGGGGUGGUGGCCUGCAGGCGACGGCGGUGGCGAGCACCACGGCCGCAGUGCGGCCACCGCAAGAGAUCGCCGAUCUGGUCGUUUAUGGGACCUCCAAGAGGCUCAGUCCAGGGGGAUCCAACCCUCAGCACCACCACUGA